CGACAACUCAGCAUCAGACGGCGUGGCAUAAUAUCAAAACAAAUGUUUUAGAAAACCGACCAAUUUUCGACUUGAAACUUAGUUGAGGACGGGGUUGGAUUAAGAGAAGGAAUUGAGUUGGAGAAGUUGACGCGAUGACGGGGCGUCAUUUUCAUCAAGCUCGUGGCCACGGUCACGGCCAUGGCCACCACCACUUUCAUUCAAGGGAAUUGCAUAUCGAGACGGAACAGCCAGUCCAGUUGGAGACGAGGGAAGCAAUGGCCGAGCAUGGUUCUGUUUGGGCAGAUACCAUCUCUCGAAUUGUGCCUAGGGAAAAUAACCUCGAUGAGAAGCCAGUCGGGAGUACCACAACCCUUCCGAUUAUUCUCGGUGUUUGUAUCCCGCUAGGACUUGCAAUCAUUGUCCUAGUUUAUUUACAUCACCGGACAACAGUUAGGCAGAGGAGAGAAGACGAGACAGACAAGUACAAGUCGAUGGACUUUGGAUUCGAAGGCAACGUGACUGGCAAGAAAAAUAAGAGACAAAGUUACUUUGGGAAAGAAAAGGACCCGAACCACAAAGUACAGCUCUCCAUGGACAUGAACCUCUCCAGUCCUUAUUUGCUUCCACCAGCAUUGCACCAGUCCAGGGAAUCCAUGAACUCUCUGGCAAAAUCCCUCCACCAAGAUGAUCCCUACCGACCGGUUACCAGCUACGGUGGUAGUGAUGUCGCAUCUAUGCGUUCGUUCAACAAGGGACUCGAUAGGGAUUCUACCGUAUCAUCUGGUAAGGCACGGUCAAGUGGUGAUCGUGAUCCGUUCAGAAACCCGCCCCCUCCUCGCCGAGGUCCGUCUCCCCUCCAGCAAUUGCCUCCCGUUGCUCAGCCGCCAUCGCGUCGUGCUUCCGGUGACGAAGUAUCUGCACCCCCAGCAAAGAACGAGUUCCGGUUUACUGAUGAUAAUAUCACCCUUCCUGGAGUACCUGAGAUCCAAGAGCCCCCGGUCGCAGCUUCGCAGGGCCCACACAACGCCCGACCUCUCUCUAAUGAAUCCACGAACGCAAAUAAUGCUAAUGUUGUCGGACCUGCUAAUGCCAUUGAUGCUCGUGUUUCCCAAAGUUCUGCGGAUUUAUCAGGUGCUCGACCACCUCGGAAGGAAUCUCUACCUGCUGGACUGGAUAUCGCUCAGGACUACCAAAAUUAUGCGGGUCAUUUCCAAAUUGACGGACCGGAUAAUGAGGUGGCUAGAGAGGAAGUUCGUAUGCCGCACAUGCCGGAUGAGCAUGAAUACCCCCAUUCGGCUGGCUUGGGCGUACCAGGACAGGACAACCGAAGGUUAUCCGUCGGGUUCCGUCCUCUUCCCCCAGAGGACUUCCUUGAGUCUGAAGACCCCGAGUUUAGAGCCAACAGGAUCCGAUCUUUCUACAAGGAAUACUUCGAGGAAAUCAAAACGGAUAACGGAAAGCCCCCUCCACUUCCACAACAACCCGCUUACCAUGAAGACUAUGAUGCGAACUACCUCGGUGACACUGCAUUCUUCGAUCCCGAAACCAAUGCGUUCGUUAUGCCCUAUGCACAGCCUGUCACCCGCCGUGCUAUGACUCCGCCUCCAAGCAACAGACGACCUAUGCCAGGACCUGGAUCACGAGGCCCGCCUGGACCGCGUGGUCCCCACGGCCACGGUCCUCACGGAAGCAUGAACAUGCCUGGUCCCCGUAGACCCAGAGCCGGCUCAACGAUGUCUGCCAGUAGGUGGGCAGCGAUGAGCCCUCGCCCCGACUCAUCGGCUUCCAACCCGCGUAACUUCAACAACGGAAAGCCCCGAAAGCCAAUGCCUCCUCCUGCUGCACUAAACACGUUACCUACUCCCUCCAAGUUAAGAGAUGAUUCGAUGGCUCUAUUAGGCUCCAUUGACUUCGCGCCUCCCCCUACCUUUAAGGAUGUAGUAGCUGGCCGAUCUCAGAGUCCCGUUGGCGAACGCAAGCCUUACAUGUUGACCACCCCUAUUCACUCGCCGCUAGUGAGUGCUUUCGACGACACUCCUGCGUUACCUAGUCCUCAUCUACUUCGCAAAUCAGGAACAUUCACUGGUCUCGAUUUCGCUCCCCCGCGUCGGUUCAAGGAUCCCGAAUCCAUGAGUGAAACCGGCAGUGUGGUCAGCAACCGUAGCGGUAUAUCGUCUGCUAACCUCAGCGCUAUCCGUGCCGGUGCUGGCAGAGUCAGUCGUCUUCCCGGAGACACUGUCUUCACCCAGGCCGCGAUGACCGACAACCUAAAGCCAUCGUGGAACAUGAGGACUUAAGGCGAGUUGGUCGAUCCGAAGUAGGCUUGACAUACCAAAUACGGCGAGGCUUCAGCCGUCUUGUAUAUCUCUGAAGAAACAAAUAUGUACUGUUAAUGCCCUUUUUAUAUUCUUC